AUGAUGGUCGAAGACGAAUUCUACGCGGUCGCGCAGACCUUCACACAACACCUACACUACGCGGAAUACGUCCGACGGAAGAAAGAAGCCAAGUUGCAGAAUGCCACGACCAUACAGAAUAUCGCUCGACCGACCGAUGGUGUUACUGCGCAGAGCGAGGAAGCUAAACGCAAGGCUGCGGCGGAGGAUUUGUCCGCUCAGCAGAAGGAGGGGCUGCAGAAUAUGGUGGAGGGUGGAAGACCUGCGGUGGAUUCGGAAGAGGAGGAUGAUGAUGAUCAGGAGGAUGAUACUUGGGCGGGUACGUCGCUGCAUGAUCUGCUCAUUAGUCCGCGAAAGGCGCGGUCGUUGGUCGGCAUGCAGGGUAUCAAGUCGACGACGCGGGCGGCUGCUGGACUGGGGGCGUCAGCAGGGAGCAGCGCGGUUACCGAUGGGGCGGCAAGGGAGCGACAGGAUGCGAUGGGGGACGGCGAUCAACUGGAUGAAACGACGGAUGACGACGAUCUAGACGCACGGACGAGGACCCUGACGGGGCCGAGUCGUGUACAGCAUCAGCAUCGUACUGCUACGCCUACGCCUAUGCCUACUGCUGCUAGCUCGCGAAGCAGCCCGAUGAAUAAUCGGUCUACAGGGGACAGUGGAAUCAGAAGAGUGCAGUCUAUGAGCGGUAGAUACAGUACACCGAGGGCGAACCAAUCUAAGAAGAGAUUAAUAUUCGAUGAUGACUUUGACGGGCUUCCAGAGCCGUCUCGGUCAAGCAAUCAGAUGCAGGGCCCGAUAUCAUCCCCGUCAUUAGGCCGAAGAGCACCAAAUCCACGAGGCCCGGAUCCAAAGGCAAAGAAAUCGCGUCUCAAUGAAGUUCCAACAUUCUUGUUUUGA